AUGGCCAAUGAAUUCAGUAUUGUUUCCAUGGUUGGACUGUUGGAUUCUGUGCAAACUGAGCCAGUUGCAGCUGGAGUGAAGUCUGAUUCCUGUACUAAAUUGCCUGAGCAAGGCGUGGUUCCCAGGAAAGAUGGAAUACCAUCUGAUUCGACAUCUACCAUAUCUUCUUCUGGAGAUACUUCUUCUAGUGUCAAAGGUGAGAUUGAUCAAGCGCCAGUUGCAGAGCAAGGUGUUUACUAUCCACCUACUAGCUGUUACAAUUAUUGCUACCCAGGAUAUAAUGGGACUUUUGCUCAGUUCGAUGAUUAUUUUAAUGCAGUGUGUGGUUUGUAUACUGGCACCCAAUCAGAUAAGGGCUCGCCGCUCUACUAUAUGCCUGGAUUUACUCCCUAUGCUCCUGGCACUUUUGUUGGCGUUGAUGGACAACAGCCUUAUGUGUCUACCUCGGGAUAUCUUCAGCAUCAUGUCUCUUAUGGUUCAGAAGCCUUACCAUGUUACUCAUGGGAUUCGACAUAUGUUGGAGAUGUUACUAGUGGGACUGCUGCUAAAUAUGGGAAUGUGAAAUCUACUCUGGUCUCUAAUGUGGCUACAAAGUCAAAAGGUUACAAUUCAUCAAAUAGGUAUAAUGCGCAUACUAGCAAAACUUCAACUUUGCCUUUGCAUUCAAGGUCGCAACAGUCCACUGGCUUAUCUAAUUUUUCGAGGCCUAUUCUUCACACUCAACCUCAAAAAUCUUUUCACAAGUCAGGUUCUGGUUUUCAAUCAACAGGCCCUGUGAAGAACUUUUACCCUGUUGGAAAGUUUUCAUCGUUUACUAACCCAAACCAAGGCUUACUACCAUAUAAUGGUCCAAUGAACUACCCACCAAACAAUAGAGCAUGGAGUGGCAACAAUGAAUUUAGGUUUAGAACACACUCCAGCAGAAAUGGAGAGUUUGAAGCCUCAACUGAACUAACUCGUGGUCCUAGGGCCCAGAACGGGAGCAAUCCUUCAAACUUAUUGGACGAGAACGAACAGCUGGGGAUCACUAUUCGAAGGGAUCAAUAUAACCUAGAUGAUUUUCAGACUCAGUAUGAUCAUGCAAAAUUCUAUGUCAUCAAGUCAUACAGUGAAGAUGACAUUCAUAAGUGCAUCAAGUAUGAUGUUUGGUCAAGUACCCCAAAUGGCAAUAAAAAAUUAGAUGCUGCUUUCUAUGAUGAAGAGGCACGAGCAAGUGAAAAAGGCACAAAAAGCCCAAUCUUCCUCUUUUUCUCAGUAAGAUUGAUUUUUUUCCCUUUUUGGAAGUGGAAAGAAGCAAGAAUCAUUUUUCUGUUAAUGCAUGGCACAAUUGUUUUGUAGGGCUCCAACGAGUUCAAAUUUUCAAGAAUUUUUUAACUUUCUUGGUUAACUUCUUUUUGUGCAUUUGCUUAUGACUCCUCCUUGAAUGUCAGGUUAAUGGAAGUGGGCAGUUUGUAGGCUUAGCUGAGAUGAUUGGGCGGGUUGAUUUUGAAAAAA